CCGCGCCCGGUAAGGGGAGCCCUGCGGGGAUGGGGGGCAGCAACCGGGCAGGGAGUGGCCACGGGCAAACCGGGCUCCGGGCCGGUGCUGACUCUCGGGCCCUGGAGGGGCCUGCGGUGCUGGUACGGCCUUCGCGUGGUCGGGUGGUGGUUCUCGGCCUGAGAUUCACCUUUCCUGGUGUAUUGCGAGUAUGGGAUGGUACGUGUACUUUCAGAGAAGGGGAGCAGCAAAGGAAAAGACUACUGUAUCCUCUUUAACUCUCAGUGGGCCCAUUUGCCACAUGAUCUGGGUAAAGCUUCACUCUUACAACUGCAGGAUCAGACAGCAUCUGUUUUGUGUUCUCCUUCUGAUGUACCCGAUGGGGGAUUUAAUAAUCAAAUCCCCAUGGUGAUGCGAGGGAAUUGCACCUUCUAUGAGAAAGUGAGGCUUGCUCAGAUAAAUGGAGCUCGUGGGCUGCUCAUUGUUAGCAGAGAGAGAUUGGUUCCUCCUGGGGGUAACAGGAGUCAAUAUGAAGAAAUUGAUAUUCCUGUGGCUCUGCUCAGUUAUGCUGAUAUGUUGGAUAUUGGCAAGAGUUUCGGCAGCUCAGUGAAGGGGGUGAUGUAUGCACCAAAUGAGCCUGUGCUAGACUAUAACAUGGUGAUUAUAUUUAUCAUGGCUGUGGGGACCGUUGCAAUUGGAGGCUACUGGGCAGGAAGCAGAGAUGUGAAAAAGCGGUACAUGAAGCACAAACGUGAUGACGGGGCAGAGAAACAUGAUGAAACAGUUGAUGUGACUCCAAUAAUGAUCUGUGUAUUUGUAGUCAUGUGCUGCUUGAUGUUGGUCCUCCUUUAUUUCUUCUAUGACCACUUAGUCUACGUUAUCAUAGGAAUAUUCUGCCUGGCUGCCUCAAUUGGUCUUUACAGUUGUCUGUCUCCCUUUGUAAGAAGAUUCCCCUUGGGAAAGUGUAGAAUCCCAGACAACAACUUGCCUUAUUUUCACAAGCGUCCACAGGUCCAGAUGUUGCUAUUGGUGGUGUUUUGUAUCUCUGUCAGCAUAGUCUGGGGAGUCUUCAGAAAUGAAGAUCAGUGGGCCUGGGUUCUGCAAGAUGCUUUAGGAAUCGCUUUCUGUCUUUACAUGUUGAAAACAAUUCGCCUGCCCACAUUUAAGGGUUGCACCUUGCUCCUCCUGGUUCUUUUUGUGUAUGAUGUAUUCUUUGUAUUUAUCACGCCUUUUCUAACAAAGACUGGGGAGAGUAUAAUGGUGGAGGUGGCUGCAGGCCCAUCUGAUUCUGCAACUCAUGAAAAGCUCCCAAUGGUCCUGAAGGUUCCACGACUGAACUCCUCACCAUUGGCUCUGUGUGACAGGCCUUUUUCUCUCCUAGGAUUUGGAGACAUUUUAGUUCCAGGCUUACUGGUAGCCUAUUGCCAUAGAUUUGAUAUUCAGGUGCAGUCAUCCAGAGUCUAUUUUGUAGCCUGCACAAUAGCAUAUGGCAUAGGCCUUCUUGUGACCUUUGUGGCCUUGGCACUGAUGCAGAUGGGCCAGCCUGCUCUCCUCUACUUGGUGCCCUGCACUCUUCUCACAAGCUUUGCUGUGGCUCUUUGGCGAAAGGAGCUUGCAAUGUUCUGGACGGGCAGCGGCUUUGCGAAAGACCUACCUCAGCCUCCCUUGGUGAUAGCUCCUGUCAACUGCCCUGAGCUUCCCAAAGAUAGCAAUGUACCAGCCUCUCAACAAGACCCAGAGCAAAUGACGAGUCCUACCCUCCACGUGAAGGAGCUGCAUGGCCCCACUUCAGCUGCCAAGGAGCUGGCUGAUACCGACACAAAGACAGACCAGUCAGAAAUUUCUCUUGCACAGAGUGAGGAACCAGCUGGUCAGAAUAAGGACAACCUUGAAAGCAAAUGCCUAAAUGCAGAGCAAAAACAGCUGGAAUAAACGAUGCGAUAAGAACUCCUUAUUUUCCCUCACAAACAUCCAUAUAAAACCAGUGUGUAUUUAGGACUGGUUUAGUAGCAUUUGCAUUCAUUGAGGAACCUCACUGGGAGUCUGAUCAUCAAAUCCAACAACAAAUGUUCUGCCUCCAGCUUCGGUACAGCUAUACACUUCAAACAUCUUUCUGAAAUAUGGUGCUCUACAAGGGUUCUGAUGUAUGGAUUUCAAUGAUCAUUUUAUUAGUGAAUGCCUCUGACCAUUCCAUCUUCAUUAUACCGGGGUAGUAUUAAGAGUCUUUAUUUACACAGUACUCUGUGCUUGUGUGGCUGUUUUGCUGCUUUAGCAUAGUGUAGGUUAACAUGGAGAAAAAGCAUCGAACCAGUCUGCUACAAUGCUUAGUUGAGAGAAACAUGAUAGCUUUUUAGCACUUUCUCUAUUGUUACCUUUUACUUUACUUUUCCCUGCUUGUCAAAGCCAUUGAUGCAAGGGAAUGCUUUAGUAUAAACUGACAUUCAGGAAAUGCAGAGAAUGGUUAAAUUACCAGCCUCUGAAAGGAUUUAUACUACCACGGUGCAUUAAAUGCAUCUCUUAAUUUUUUUGUCUUUGUUUUUACUUCCAGGUACCUGGGUUGGAUACUAGUCUAGUUUAAAAGGCAGGAUGAAUGGAGCUGCAGGAAACUUUCUAAGCACUCGUAUGAACUCUAGGGGCUGUCUCUGAAAAUAAACAGUGUUUGUCACAGAACACUAUCUGGAAGCAAAAGCAUAUUAAAAAUGUUUAAUGUUUUAGAAUAAAAUACAAGCCAAAUAGGUAAGGAAAUAGGUAGUAGCACUAUUCUAAGCUUGAUAGACAGUAUUUUCAUUGGGAAAAUGUGAAAGGAAAGGAGUAAAAGUUCAUAUGUUUGGGGUUUUGAGCUUCUGCUUGUUAUUUGUUUAAGGAAUAUAAUCACGCUUUCUAAUUCUAAAGAAAAUAAUCUGGUGUUUUCAUUCCCAAGGGAGUGCAUAUGGUGCUAUAGUCAGAUGUGAUUUAAAGCUACUUGCUCAAUAACUAAUCAGCUGCCUCAGUCAUGUUUUGUCUUUGUCCCAAGAGUACCCAAAGCUUGGCCUGUCAAGUUCUGGAAUGAGGCUGUGAUCUAGCACAUUAUUUUCCACCCCUUUCUACAUGACAUUGUGAAGGACUACAUUUGUGAAUUUAAAACUUCUUGGGGUGCAUCUGGUCUUACUUUAUGUCCUUGAAAUUGUGUGUUUUCCCUGUAUUACAUGACUGAAUCUUUUUUGUGUCAACUUUAGGACACAUAGAGGGAUGAUGUGAUUUGCAUAUUAUUUAUUCCAUCUAAGAACAUUUGGCUUUAUCAAAGGUGUCUGUUCUACACUUAAAUUGCAAUCCCGGGAAGCCUCAAAGGCUUCACAUUGAGACUGAAAUAGAAAAUGGAAGUGUUCUAGGAUCCUAGAAUAUGAUUCCAGAUUGCCUGGAAGAAAUACUCUUCGGGGUGUUUGAGAGCCCAAGACUUAGUUUACAAAAGUAUCAUCAUAGUAACACAAUCAGACAUAGUGACAUAGUGACACAAUGCUUUUAAAUUAAGUCUACAGCUGGCAUGCUGAGUUGGAUUCUGAAGGGCUCUCUGUUAUUGUCUGUUAAAUUUCAGCCAUUGUCUUUUUGGCAAUGUCUUCCAAAAGUUUGCCCUGUGCUUUUUGAAUGAUAACUUCUGUUCUUAUCUGUUUCACAUUGGGUGGCUAGUGUUCUUCCUCCAGAAUGUGAAAGGCUUUCUGUAAAACCACACUAUGGCUUCAGAGUUUUACCGGCUUCUGCUUAAAGCCUCAAGCCCUGUCUGAUAAGUUGAUUUAAUGGUGAGUUUCUUGAAAGGCUUCCUGAAUCCAAAGGCCUGCAUUUAAUUUACAAAUCACCCCAAUGGAAGAUAGUAGUGCUAGAGAGAUCUCUUUUUCAGUCUCCUCUUUAAUGGACUGUGUUACUUUUGCCAGCAGUAAUCCAAACCAAUUAUUGCUAAUAAAAGGCAACAGAGACAUUUUACUGAAAAAUUUAGCCAGCUGGAUUAUGCCUUAAUUUAAGCCAUUGUAUAAGUAUGUAUAUUAAAUUAAGAAAACAAUCUCGUGUUUAAAUAACAAACUUGACAAAUAGGAAGAAAACAAGUUUGGAGACUGACUCAGAGUUCUGUGGUUUUUUGCCUUGAUUGUCUUUCAGUCAUAAUGUUAUUUGGAAUAGCUUUUUUAUAUACUUAAAAGCCAGUACCUUUCUGAUGAUGAAGCAUUAAGUUUUAUCACCUACUUGAAAGUGUAUUUUUAACAUUUGUCCUCAUAUGUUGUGGGUUAGGAAACAGUUUAUUUCUCAAAAUGUUUAUAACUCAAUUAAAAUGGAAGAAUUCCUAACA